CGCGCAUUUGACACUCAGACGGUCCGACCCUCCACGAAACGAGCGAAGCAGGUGGGUUGAGAGGAAGGGGAGCGGCUGUUCAUACACCAGACCGGGUACCGCUGGGUGGUAACGUGAUUAGAAGACUUCAUUUGCCGGUUGGACCCCAAUUAGGAGCAACCUUUUCGUUUUGUGGCGAUAGGUGAGCUCCAGCUUUAGAAAAAACUGGGCGCCAUGGUGAUGAGGGUGGAUGAGUGAAGGAGGCGGGCGUUGCAGCAGAAAGUCGGCAGAUAAGGAGGUCGGGCAAAGAUGUUUGAGGCCGACUCAGACCUAGCUGGUGGGGAGGUCGAGGAAGAGGUGGAAGCAGACAUGGGUAGCAGGGACCUGAAGGCUGAGGUGAUGCGGCUCACUCUGGAGCUCCAAGAGGCAACAGAGGAAAAGCUGCAGGCGGCUCGGUACGGACUCGUAGUGCUGGAAGAAAGCGCCGCUCUUAAGAGGAAGCACACGCAGCUGGAAGAGGAACACGAAUCCCUAAAGUUGGAGCUGCAGCAACUCAGAGAGGCUUUUGCAGAUUCUGUGAGCAGCCAGAAGCGUGCAGCUGCUGAUGGAGAGUGUCGGGAGGAGAGCCUGCUGCAGGAGACUGCCACUAAAGAGGCUGCCAUGGCAACCCGGAUGGAGGAAGUUCAGGCAGAGCUAAAACAGACUCGUCUUGCUUUGGGCAACGCCCACGCAGAGAUCGAUAGACUGGGGGGGCUCUCCACCCAGCUUAAGAAGGAAUGUGAAUGUCUGGAAGCAGAGAAGAACCAUUUAAGAGAUGAAAUGAAGGAAUAUAAAGUACGCGAGCUGCGCCAGCUGCAGGAUAGCAGUGAGCUGGAGGAAGAGAACAUCUCCUUACAAAAACAAGUGUCUGUGCUAAAGGAAAAUCAGGUCGAGUUUGAAUCAAUAAAGCUUGAGCUAUCCCAGAAGAAUGAAGAACAAGACGAGCUGCGGGCACAGCUGGAAGAAGCUGCGAGGCUGAGGGAGAUUGCUGAGAGGCAGCUGGACGAGGCCCUGGAAGCCCUGAAAGAGGAGCGGGAGCAGAAGAACGGUCUGCGGCGGGAGCUCUCUGCUCUGACCCUGAACCCGUUUGAUUCCAUCGGGAACUUGGACCUCCAUUUGGACCCGCUGGAUGACAGUCAGGAGGAGGGCCAGGGAGGAGCAGGAGAGGCUCAGGAGGAGAACCAGGACAGCAGUCACACAAAUGGUUCUGCAUCCGCUCCCAGCUCCAAAAGCAACGGCCUCAACCAUCGCUACUCCACACCGCGCAACAGCGACGUAUUCUUGCGUGCUCCAGCGUCGGGCUUGGUGUCCGACCUGCUGAGUGAGCUGCACUUUUCAGACAGUCAGAAACUGAAGCAGCAGCUCCUACAGGCAGAAAGGGAGAAAUCAAGUCUUGCUAGCAAAUUAGAGGAGCUGCAAAUGCAACUGAUGAUGUCCAAACAGGCACUAAGUCAGCAGGAGGACAAGGUUGGCUCUCUCACUAAGCAGCUGGAGGCGGUGCAGCAUCAAAACCAGGAGGCUGAGGAGACGCAGAAGGUGGAGACAGGAGAGGAGGCUUCUGAGGGCUUCGACUACGAGGUGGACACCAAGAGCAAAGAGGUACUGGAGGCACGAAUGCGUGCCGCCAGUGAAGAGCUCCUGAAGCUACGAGACGAAAUUUCACAGGCGGGAACUCGUUACAACACCCUUGAGCAGAGGUACAAGCAGGAGAAGGAGCGGUGGAGGGGCGAGGCCCAGGAGCUGGCCGACAAGAUCCGUCAGUGCAUCAAGUCCAGCAAGCAGGACCAGGAGCGCAUCAGUGAGCUGGAGAAGGAGAUCGGAGCCACACGGAAGGUGGCGACCGAUUCUGAGGGGCACCUGAGCGUGGCACAGGAAGAGCUGCUGGCUUUCUCUGAGGAGCUUUCCAACCUCUACCAUCACAUAUGUGUGUGCAACAACAUAACACCCAAACGGGUCACCCUGGACUACUACCGGGACAGCGCCAGGGGAGGCGGAGGAGGGUUACGAAGGUCCCACCAUGUCUUCGCCCAGCACAACUCCCAGAAGAAGCCUCGGGCUAACGACAUGUUCAUCUCCAAAGCUGCAGCACUGCAGUUCAUGGGGGAGGUGGACAGCGCUGGAGCCAGCGGAGACUCUCUGACCUGUCCCGCUUCGCCCACUCUGGACUUCAGGGACCCCUCCAAUGUGUCCAACCUGGUUGCUGUCAUCCGUUGCCAGAUCAAGCACCUCAGGGUGGCUGUGGACCUCUGCCGUCAGAGAGGAGCGAUGCCCUACUCUGGUCUCAGCAGCAGCGACGAGUCCGAGCGGGACACGGAAAGUCUUUUGGAGGAAGUUCUGAAGCUCAAAUCUCUUCUUAGCACAAAGAGAGAGCAGAUUGCAACCCUGCGGACUGUCCUCAAGGCAAACAAGCAGACCGCUGAGUUGGCCUUGUCUAACCUGAAAACCAAGUAUGAGACAGAGAAAAGCAUGGUGUCGGAGACCAUGAUGAAACUGAGGAAUGAGCUAAAAGCCCUGAAAGAGGAUGCUGCCACCUUUUCUUCUCUCAGAGUCAUGUUUGCCAGUCGGUGUGAUCAGUACGUCACCCAGCUGGACGAGAUGCAGAGGCAGCUUGCAGCUGCCGAGGAUGAGAAGAAGACUCUGAAUUCUCUCCUGCGUAUGGCCAUCCAGCAGAAGUUGGCUCUCACUCAGCGUUUGGAGGACCUUGAGACUCCUCAGGCUCCCCGGAGCUUGAACAGCAGCCCCCGGCGGUCCCGGGCUAAAGAGCUCGCCACCAAGUCAGGUCGUGCCUCCCGGAGCCCCAGAAGCAGUCCCGGCAGGCCCCAGCUGAGGAGCAGUCCACGGGCCAGCCCCGUCCUUGGCAGCAGCGUUCCUGCCUCGGCCACCCACCACUUGCGAGCUCUAACCCGAAGUCUCCACACAAGCCCUCGCUGAAACACUCCCAUCACUCCAAAACCCCUCUGCUCCAUAAGGACCAGUCUUCAUGUUGUGACCCCACCCUCUCUUCCUGAUUUGAGGCAUCCUGUCCAUCCCAGAUUUGACGCUGCAUUAAUUUCUCCCUACCUACCAGAACAAUGGAGUGAAAAAGACAUUUUUAAAAGGAAAAAAAAAACGACUUCUCCAUCCCAUCCUCUUGGUGUUCUCUUCUGGGAGUGGAGAAACCUGCAUGCAGCCUGGAGGAGGAUGAAGAGACCAACCUGCUGCUCAUUUUUCCUCUCUCAUUGACCGUGUCUGUGUCUUGUCUUUUUCAACACUGUAUAUUGUGGCGAACCAUUGACAGUAUUUAUUCCAUAAACCAAACCUUUUUUAUUUCAUUGUACAGUAUUUCCUAUCCUGACUCAGAUUCAAGGCUGCGAUCUGUUCUCUGAAGCCGUUAAUGUCUUCACACCCUCUUGCCUCUAAUCUGGCAUCCUGCUCCGGCCUGUUUGGCAUUCCUUAGCGUUGGCAAGCCGUUAGCUCGUCUAGAAUAGCUCUCCCAUCGACGCUUGUAAAGAGCAGCGGAGAUUUACAGGCAGGCUGAAGGGGAAGUAUCUGUUGUCCUUAAAUCCUUACCUCUUACAUGCAGUGCAGGCGCACUACCUGUCCUUUUUACCUUCGAACCUUUCUUAUUCUUGGACUCCAGCCUGUCAGCUAUGCCCUUUAACUAGAGGUCAGUAAACAGCCUUGUUUUAUGUGGAAAUGGAUCAGCCAUAAGUUCACCACCUCAGGUCAAAACCAUGUUUAUUCAGUUUGACUAAUCUUCAGUGAAG